AUGACAACACAAAAUGAUUAUCUCCAUUACGAAACAAUACAUGAAUCAACCACAGAACCUUCUACCCAAAAAACUCAUUUUAAACAAACACCAAUACCAAAACCAGCUGCACCACCACCACCUUCUAUUCUUUUAUCACCAAAACAUAGAGCCCCUCCACCUCCAUUAUCUCCAAGGGUGAAUGGAUUAAAUGAUGUUCAACAACCAUCUUGGGUGAAUGAUCCUUCAACUGAUUCUGUUCAUAAUUUAGAUUCUAAACCAAUAAUUGAAAAGAAAAUUGAAUUUAAAAGAAAUGUUGAUACUAUUCAUCGAGAAGAAUUACAUAAAGAUGAUGGCGUAUUACAUUUACAAAGUCCACAAAUUAUACAAAGACCACGUUCAUUUAGUGAUACUUAUGGUAAAUUAAAAGAAGUUCCAAACACAUUUAAUGUUUCUACUGAAAAAAAGAAGAAAAAAAAAAAAUUUGGAAUAUUUGGAAAGAAAGAAGAAGAUAUUAUUAUUAGUGAUCCUGAAGGAUUUUCAAUAACUAUUAGUAUGAGGCCAGGUUCAUCUUCAAAUCCAUUAAGUAGGUUUGAUGGUAAAAGUGAGAAAGCAUUAUAUCCAUUAAAUCCUCCUCUUCCUCUUUUGAAUAAACGAUAUGUAAGUUCAGAAAAGGAGUAUUUUGAUUUAAUUGAUGAAAUUGAAAAGGAGCAAUUAUUUUUUGAUGAAUGGAGUAGUCCUGUUGUACCAAAUGAAAAAUGGGAAAUGAAUUAUUCUAAUGGUUGGGAAAAAAAAAGCCUUGUUACUACAUCAUGUAUUGAAGAUGGAUAUUACAUUGAAAUUGAAGAGGGUGCUUGUACUACAAAUACUGAUUUAAAAGAUUAUUUAAUUGUAGAUAUCACGUCUGACUUUAAUUACUUUAACAAAUUUGUAAAAGGUAAUCCAGAUGCAGAGCAUUAUAUUUUAACAGAAGAACCAACAGCUCUUAGUAUUAUUCCAGCAACACACAAUGGAUUUAGAAGAGGAAUUGUAAUGAAUAAGAAAGGAGAAAUUCGAUGUUUAUUACCAAAUGAAUUAGAAAAGGUUAAAGAAUUUAAAGUUGCUUUUCCAGACUUAAGUCAUGGAGAUUUUUAUAAAUUGAGUAAGCAAAAUAAAGAAAAGUUUGAAAAUGAAAUAGCAAGGAUUGAAAUAAUGAAUUCAAUUAGUCAUUAUAAAUUUGGAAUAUUAUAUUGUCAGUCUGGUCAAAGUAAUGAAGAUCAAAUGUUUGGAAAUACUGAAGGAUGUCCUGCCUUUUAUAAAUUCUUGGACUUACUUGGAAAUAAAAUUGAGUUACAUGGAUUUAAUAAGUACAGAGGUGGAUUAGAUGUUUCAAGUGGUUCUACUGGAAUUUAUAGUUAUUUUACAGAAUAUUUAAGUUAUGAAAUUAUGUUUCAUGUCUCUACAUUAUUACCAGAACAACCUGGAGAUCUUCAAAGAGUAGAAAAGAAAAGACAUAUUGGAAAUGAUGUUGUUGUCAUUAUAUUUAAAGAACAAGGAAAUAAUUGGCAAGAUCAAUUUAAUCCUAAAUGUCUAACUUCACAAUUUAAUCAUAUAUUUAUUGUUGUUCAACCAGAAAUAAACACAAAAGAUAAUAUGGGAUAUUUUAUUACUGUUUGUUGUAAGUCAUCUGUUAGUCCAUUUCCUCCAUUCAUGACAACAACGCAUUACAGUCAUGAUGAAAAAACAAGAGAAUUCAUUUUGAGAAAAGCUAUAAAUGGGGAACGAACAGCAAUGUUUUCGACUGCUUUUAAAGGAAAUGCAACUAAAACUAGAAAAAAACAACUUUCAUUAUUAUUUGAAAGCCUUGAAGAUUGA